AGUAGCACACACAUUUGCAUAACAUCUAUGAAAAGAUGAUAGCAGUAUGUUAGCACCUAUUUGACAAUCGUCUUUAUUUCAUAAGUAUCUAUGUGUACAUAAAUUCGAUAUCGUCGAUAAAUGAUGAUAAUGUUUUCUACUUUUUGAUGAUCGCUCUACGUUAUCGACGCUUAUCAAGUUCGUUGCUCACUCCAGCAUCCCCUUAAGGGUGCUUCGGGAAAAGAAGGUACAGUAAUAUUCAGUUGCACUGACAACCAAGCUACAGAAUAGCUCAAAAACUUUGCUCUGAAGGUUAUUGUUAAGGAGGACGUGCAAUGUACGCAUCAGCAGAUAAACUGUUCAAACGUCACCGCAUCGUUGUGCAUGUGAGGGACCCUAAAAUGUCUGUCAAGGAAACUCUGAACUUCCUUGACAGGCAGAACGGGGGCCUAGCCGCCAGCGAGUGGAUCGUGGCGCGCGGCAGCGAAAGCAAAAAUGCUGCAAGCUCUCCUUUCUCCGCUCUCACGGGCGAUCGCAUGCUCGAAGUCUUGAAGGACCUCAACUUUAAACCUUUUUGCGGACUGGGUCAGGUCACCGUUAAAGUUGCUUCAGAAAAAGAACAGGAAGGAAGAUUCGUCUUCCAGUCUAGUCGCAAAACCGAAUCACAAAUCUCGAAUUGUAAAUCUGGAUUCUUAGAUUUUGAAUUUUAAAUUCAGUAAAUCAAGAAGAAAAAGAAAUAUAUAUCAAGAAAGAGAGAAAAAGCUCUUUCUCUCUCUCUCUCUCUCUCUCUCUCUCUCUCUCUCUCUCUCUCUCUCUCUCUCUCUCUUACUUUUACUGUUAUUAUUUCUUCACUUUGCUAUAAUAUUGUCUUUUAUGACAGAAAUCUUCUGGAUCAAUAAUAUUACGUAGCUUAAAAUUUGACACACGAUUUUCCACAUUUAACCAAAAGCAGACGUGAGAUUGGACUUGAUAUUUCAUCUUAAUUUCGUUUCUGCGACAGCUUAUCCGUUCCUUUUUCUCUAAACUAAAGCUAAUCGCUUUUAAAGAGCACGCAAAAGACUAUCGUUCACUUCGGAACCAUCCAUAAAAACUGUCAUAUGCAAAAGAUAAGAGAACCCACGAUCUAAUCGAUGAGAAACUAUCAAUUUCUUUGAGCUAU